UACAUAUUUCGAUUUUAUUAUACAUGAUACACAAAACCAGUCUCGUCUCGUGCAGAAGAAGCUUUAAUGGCGCCAAAACGAAGGAAAAGCGAAAAUCUUUCUGGGGAUCCACAUGGAAUGUUUGAGGGGAUGAUUGUCUUCUUAGUGGAAAAGGGGGUGCAAGCCCGCCGGUUGCAGAUAUGGAAACAGAAGUUGGUUCAAAUGGGUGCUAGUAUUGAGGAGCGUUUAUCGAAGAUGGUCAGCCAUAUAUUUGCUGCGAGCUCGGAUGCUCUUCUGCAGAAAGUGAACGGUGCGCGUUUGGCGCGCUUUAAAGGAGUUCUUUCGUACCAGUGGCUGGAAGACAGCUUAAGUUCAGGGGAGAAGGCGUCGGAGGAUUUGUACACUGUAAAAGUGAGAUUAGAUGAAGAUGUAAGAGAUAAGCCCCAACUGUUUAUUUCCAAAAAACUAAAAUUGUCCCCCAACAAUUCGGAAGCAGUAAGUUCUGAAAAUGGUGGAGAUUCAGAUGCUUCAACUUUGGUAACAAAGACUGCCACAGGUCUUGAGGACUCCAAAUUGAGCAUUGAUCAGACGGUAACUAGUCCAAGGACUUCUGAUUCUAAAAAUAGCAAUACAUCUCUGUCAUACAGUCCACCAGAUAUGAAUAAGAACAUAACUGAGAUUUUUGGAAAACUUAUCAACAUAUACAGAGCAUUGGGUGAUGAACGAAGGUCGUUUAGCUAUUACAAGGCGAUUCCAGUCAUUGAGAAGCUACCUUUUAAAAUUGAGAGCAGUGAUCGGGUUAAACACCUGCCAGCCAUAGGAAAGUCAUUCCAGGAUCAUAUUCAAGAGAUAGUGUCAACUGGAAAGCUAUCAAAAUUGGAGCACUUUGAGGCAGACGAAAAGGUUCGGACAAUCUCACUGUUUGGGGAAGUAUGGGGUAUUGGCCCAGCCACAGCUUUGCGAUUGUAUGAGAAAGGAUACAGAACACUUGAUGACUUGAAAAAGGAGGAAUCGUUAACCCAUGCACAGAAAUUAGGGUUGAAAUAUUUUGAUGAUAUUAAACAAAGAAUACCCCGCAACGAGGUUCAGGACAUGGAGAGCCUUCUAAAGAAGGCUGGGGAAGAUGUUUUACCAGGGGUUGAUAUUCUGUGUGGAGGAUCAUUUCGGCGAGGGAAGUCAUCCUGUGGAGAUAUGGACAUUGUAAUCACACAUCCUGAUGGGAAAAGCCAUAGAGGUUUUCUACCAAAAUACAUAAAGCAUUUAAAAGACAUGAAGUUUUUAAGGGAGGAUCUGAUAUUCAGCACGCACAGUGAGGAGGGAACUGACUCUGGUGUUGACACGUAUUUCGGCCUUUGCACGUAUCCUGGAAGAGAAUUGCGGCACCGAAUAGAUCUCAAGGUGUAUCCAAGAGACAUAUAUGCAUUUGGAUUGAUAGCGUGGACUGGGAACGACGUACUAAACAGGAGACUGAGAUUACUAGCAGAAUCAAAAGGAUUUAGGCUGGAUGAUACUGGACUUUAUCCAUCUACCCAAGGAUCUGGUGGUAAAAGGGGUGCUAGAGGAACCGCGACUUUGAAGUUUGAUACUGAAAAAGAAAUUUUCGAGUUCCUUGGAUUUCCAUGGCUGGAACCUCAUGAAAGGAAUCUAUGAUUCAUGAUUGUAAAUAUAAGUUAUUAUUUCUUUUUUUCUUUUUGUUCUUUCAAUGUACAUUGGAAAAGGAUUAAAACCAGUGAACUCUUAAAAAUAGUUUCUUUUUUAGGUACUCUUGAAAAUGUUUGUUCAUAAUAUUAAAAUAAUAAUAGGUUAUCUUAAA